AAAUGACUUAUUUACUCUUAAACGACGCCGUUCAUCCGUCCCCAAAGUUUCAAGCAGAGCCGAGUCAUCUCGGAAGUGCCAGAAGCUGUGUGCAAACUGGUGGCGGAAGGAAGCAGAGUGGCGCCGAUGGAGGAGGGUUUAGGGAAGAGAGAAUUGGAAGGUGAGGUAGUUAGCAGGGUUGCCGAAGUGAUUUCGGCUAUAAAGAAUGCGAAGCACGUCGAUCAAGUCAUUUGCGCGCUUCAUUCCUUAGCCACUAUUCUUUUCCCCUUUGACCCUUCUCUCCUCUCAGAUAGCAUUGAUCAGAGUUACGGAGACAAGGUCCAAGUUCCUUCUGCGGAAAAACGACAUGCUUGGUGGCGUGUGUUUUAUCGAGGAGCUGCUUUUCCUACAUUGGCUAGGUUUCUAUUACUUGAUGUUGCCUCGAACUGGUUGGGUUGUUUUCCCUUCUCGGCACAGAAGUACGUUUAUGAUGUUUUCUUUGUUCGUGGAUUGGUCACUGAGGUGCUGCAGAUUUUGGUUCCUUUUCUCCAGCUGAGUUCGAGUGAUGGUCUUGAUGUUAAUGCUGUCCUCUCUAAUUCUGAAAGAUUGCUUGUACUGUGCUUGCUUGAAAAUAAUGGGGCGCUCCAGUUGGCGAGAGAGUUUGGUGGUUCUUCUAAAUUGAAAAGCGUUACAGAUGUACAGAUCAAGAUGGAUGUAUCUAUGGUGGCACAGAUUGUUGCAUCUAUUCCUGAUAAAGCAAGGAUGAACUCCAUGGCUUCAUUGUCAUCACAUGUGUUCUUCAAGCAGAUUGUUGUCCAACUACUCUCCCUGGCAGAAGAAAGAGAGACAAUUUUGCUAGACAAUGUAGACAUGGAUGAAAUGGACAAAAAUGGUGCACUGUUAUUUGUAGGGGAAAUGUUUUCUCGCAUUUGUCGCCGUGGCUCUGCUGAUCUCCUAACUAGUGAAUUAAUUCCAGAAGUUUUUAGGCUUGUCAACAGCCUCUUAUCAUCACAUAAUGAUUCAGUUACUAAUGAAUUGUUUGAGUCAAAACCAGACACGGUAUUUUGGUCGAGAAUAAUGGAAUCCAUCAGUGAUCCUUAUACCGUGGAAAGAAUCUCUGAGCUGAUUUUGCAUAAGUUAGCUACUCAAGAUGCUGAUGAUGUUCAAGCGUAUUGGGUGUUGUGGUUGUUAUUCCAUCGAAUUUUUAAGCUUCAGCCUUCUGUCAGGUCUAUGUUUGUUGACAAAUUCCUGCUAUGGAAAGUAUUCCCUAUUAGCUGCCUGAAAUGGAUCCUUCAAUUUGCUGUUCAUGAAUGCCCACCUGGUACCUCAUUAUCAGGACAUAAUCACCCUGGGAUUUUGAAUACUGUCCAACGCCUGCUCUCAGUAUGGUCUAAGAAAGAAUUUGUGCAAACAGCACCUAUUGAGCAACAAGUUUACAUAUCUGCUGCCCUAGGCCUUUCUCUGGAGACAAUGUCGAAGGAGGAAUUGGAUGGGAUGAAGAAUGCCAUGCACUUUAUCCUUCAAGGAGUUAGCUGUAGGCUGGAGAGUCCUAAUUAUUUAGUUAGAAAAAUGGCUAGCAGUGUUGCUUUGGCAUUGUCUAAAACUAUUGAUCCAAAGAAUCCUCUGUACCUUGAGGAUAGCUGCAGCGGGGAGACAAUUGAUUGGGAAUUUGGAUUCACUAUCCCCAAGAAAGGGAAUCUGGCUGCCUCAAAUUGUGGAGGAAAAAGUGUUGAGGGGACAAAAAUAUCUACUGUGUCAGGUCCAGAGAGGGACUUUGAUUCCCCUUCCAAUAAAGAGAAAAGUAUUAAUGUAAAGGGCAGAAAGAAGUUAUUGGACUUUAAUGGGCUUGAUCCAGAUGAGAUUAUUGAUCUAGCAUCACUGAAUCUUGAAUCAGACGAUAAUCAUGAGGAUGUUGAUGACAGUGCAAGUGAGAAUUCAUAUUCUUCAAAUGAUUCAUCUUUACAGCCGUAUGAUUUGUCAGAUGAUGACUCAGAUUUGAAAAGAAAAAUUUCACAGUUGGCUGAUGUAGUUGCAGCUCUUAGAAAAUCCGAUGAUGCCGAUGGGGUGGAAAGGGCUAUUGAUGUAGCUGAAAAGCUCAUAAGAGCAUCCCCAGACGAACUAAAACAUGCAGCAAGGGAUCUGACCAGAACUCUUGUUCAGGUUCGUUGCUCUGAUAUAGCUUUAGAAGGUGCAGAAGAAUCAACUGAAGACAAAAGACAAAGAUCAUUAGUUGCCUUAGCAGUCACCUGCCCAUUUGAAUCACUUGAGACACUAAACAAGCUUCUGUAUUCACCUAAUGUAGAUAUCAGUCAGCGCAUUAUGAUACUAGAUGUCAUGACUGAAGCAGCUCAGGAGCUUGCUGAAUCAAAAAUUAUGAAACCCAAACAUCAGAUUAGUUCCCUUAUUUCAGUUGUUUCAGAUACCCGACCUUGGUUCCUACCUAGCAGCACAGGGACUCCUGGAGCUGGUUCCUGGAAAGAGAUCUCAGGUACUGGCUCUUUUUUGAAUUGGUCAAAUAGCUAUGAGAGGGAACUUCCCACAAAACCCAAUCAGAUCAAGAAAGGGAAAACACGCCAGUGGAGCCUACAAUCUCCCGCACAACAAAACCAGAUGGAGUAUUCUCAUAAUAAGUUUCCCAUGUAUGCUGCUGCAUUCAUGCUUCCUGCCAUGGAGGGAUAUGAUAAAAAAAGGCAUGGUGUGGACUUGCUUGGCAGGGAUUUUAUUGUCUUGGGGAAACUCAUUUAUAUGCUUGGGGUCUGUAUGAAAUCUGUAGCCAUGCAUCCAGAAGCUUCUGUACUGGCUCCUUCCCUCCUGAAUAUGUUAAGAUCCAGAGAGGUAUGCCAUCACCGUGAAGCAUAUGUGAGAAGAGCCGUCCUUUUUGCAGCUGCAUGUGUAUUGGUUGCCCUUCAUCCUACUUACAUUUCAUCUGCCUUACUCGAAGGAAAUGUUGAAAUUUCAACUGGCCUUGAAUGGAUUCGCACAUGGGCACUUGAUGUAGCCGAGUCGGACACAGAUAAAGAAUGCUAUACGAUGGCUAUGACAUGUAUACAGCUCCAUGUUGAGAUGGCUCUUCAAACUUCCCGAGCAUUGGAGUCAGUAAGAAAUUCACUCAAGGCAGGUCCUGUUCUUCCUUCUGAUGCAUCCAAAGUGACCAUUAAAAUUCCCCACUUAAAUGGGGAUUAGUGAUGCUUCUAGCUAUUGUGGAUGGAUUCUAGCCCAGAAUACAAAUUCUAUAUCAUGCUAAACUGCUAAUUAUUUCUGCUACUCUAUUAAUUUAAUGUUUUAUGGGGUCCUUGUUUUCGUAAGAAAUUGUAUAUUUUAGGAUUGUAUAUAUUCUCACAAGGGGACGAGGUUGAUGUCAAUGCUCCCCUACACACCCACCCUUGAUGUAGCACGUGUUACUUUGCCCUCAACCUUGUCUGCAGUGUCGACUUUGCCUCCAAAGAUUUGCCUCUUUGCCUCCA